AUGAGCUUCAAUCCCUACGUGGUUGCAGACGCUCGUACACAUCAAGGACGGCGUCGACAACAGACAGGCCAAGGACAAUCUUAUAUCAAUGACAAAUCGCAAACACAACCACAUGAGUCCUAUAGCGGGACAUGGGAUCCUGAAAGACAAGAAUACUAUGACGCCAAUUCCUAUACUGGAUCGAUACUCCAUCACUGGAUAUGGGAUCCAAAAAGAUCAGAAUGGUAUUAUCUCAACUCUCCCGAUGGAACGAGAGUUUAUAACACAUUGACUUGGGAUCCGGAAAAUCGCACGUAUAUCCGCAAAAACUACGAUGAACAUGAGGACAUCCACAUUCAAAACGCAUCAGACCAGGGUCGUGACGCAUACGAUCUGGCCUCAAAAGCUGAAAAGCCUCUCGGUGGCUGGCGAAGGACGGCAAGGAGGCCGCCCAAGGUGCCAGAAGGAGACAGUAGUAACACUCAAUCCAAUGUCGGAACGAAUCCCAUCUGGAUGAAUAGUGCGACUCCCCCACCAGACAGUAACCAGGACGCAGGUGACGGCUUCAACACACCUAAACCGGAUACUCACGAAUUGCCUCACUACUUAUCUUCGGAAACAACAUCAUCGCAUAAUUGGAGAGAGAUCCGUUCUAGGCUCUCCUUUGACUGGAAAUGGGACAUCGAAUAUCAUACUACAAACGCCGACUAUAGUGGACAACAUGGAUCUUGGACUGCCACCUCGAUGGAACCAACCGAGCCAAAAGACUAUCCCCUCAAGAUUGGGAGUGCUCCAGUAGUACUCCCCGUGGAAUAUCAGUGGCCUCCUGUUGGUGGUGUAACGCCACCACCAGAUCCACGCGCUACAGCACCGAUCGAUUGUCGGGCGGAUCUACCUUUGACACUAGUGAAAGACCUCUUCCUCACUUUUGAGGGAAGCAUCGGGUUCUAUGUUCUGAUAAACGGCUUUCUCCAAGUUAUGGUGCCGGUGGACUAUGACACCAGCUGGGCAUCGUCACACCUCCCACAUAAGUAUGGUGGCCUGAAAGUGUGCUACAUCGAACAGACUCUCGAACCGACCAUGCUACCGACAAGGACUGAGACCGGCAAGAUCAUACCUCGCUAUCACUCACCCGGGUCCUCAAAUACCGCUGAAUUAUCCCAGACUGUCCACUUAUCAGCACAACAUUCUGUCAAUCACCCCUCACUCAGACUCAACGACUUCAUAGCAGCCCGUCCUCUGUCUAAUCAUCGAAGAGAGAGGUUUUCUGGUCGUGUUGGCCUCAGAGUAAUCAAUUUCGGCAUUCCGUUUGUAGUAAUGUCCACACAUGUGAUCACCGAAGCAAUAAUGGCAAGAUCGCAUCGCGACACUAUACUUGGUCGGAACAGUGAAGAACGCAUCCAGAAACUCGAUGGCAACUGGAAUGAUCACAUCGAGAUCUGGGCCGGUAAUGGAAAGAUUGGAACAAUUCACGAGACCUUUGAUAAGGAAGCGGGUAUCUACCCUGACGGCUUUAAGCACGAUGUCACUCUUGUCAAGCCCACAUCUCAGGUUGUAGUGAAAGACAUCGUUUCCCCAGUUGCCGACCUUGGGUGGCUCAAUCACGACUCAUGGACUUCGCUCCGCCAGCAAACAACAACAGUCAAGAUUCUAGCUGACAACGAAGGCUUACAGUUAGGUAAAAGCAUCAAGUGUAGUCGCCCAUCGGAUGUUCUCGUUGUAGGCGAAGGCAUAUUUCUCAAUCAAAAGGCCGCAGCAGGUAGCUCAAGGGAUCUGAAAAACCACGAUGCGUCAACAUGGAAAGAUCUCGUGUCGCGCGCUCUUCUAUACCGUGUAUAUCCCGACUUUGAUCCACCAAACGGUCACAGUGGCACAGCACUAUAUGCAGACGGGAUAAGAGAGGACGGCACAGAAGGUCCUGGCAUUGUAGGCUUCCAAAGCUUCGUGCAGCGCAGUGGCCAUGUCCAGAAUUUCGAGAUGGAAGGUCCUGCGCUCGAACGAAGAUUGCAACUUGGGAGGGUAGCAUUCUACGGAGCGUUCGAAGUUCCCGACGAGCUUAAGCAGUACGACAUCGCUUGA